AUGCCGGACUGUUUGGGUGUGAAGCCCAAGUCGAACAAGCCCAACCAAACCGCUCAGUCGUACGGCCUGACGGCCACCUUCAAGCUCAACCUGGCCGAGCAUCGCAAAUUCGUCACGGUCUCCAUCAACGAUCACCCGAUGCGUCUUCAACUCUACACAGCAUCUGAUAUCACAAUCAUCUCAGAAGACACCUGGAAAUCAUUGGACUCCCCAGCGUUUUAA